CAUGCGUGUGCUAAAGUUGUCAUACUUGUCAACAUCAAAACGGAAUUGUCUGCAAGGAAAAGAAUUACAUUUCGCUGGGGGAAAGAUGAAUAACAAUCCUGUGAAGCAUGAAAUUGCUCUCAUCAAUGGAGUGGCGACGAGAAUAUCCAGUGCAAUGUCUACAGAAGAAAAUAUUUGCAUCGUUGUGAUCCCUGGUAACCCAGGUGGUAUUGGUUUUUACGAUAUUUUUAUCUCAACAAUAUUUCAAGCGGGAAAAGGAAAAUAUUCCGUUUACGGUGUUUCGCAUGCAGGCCAUGCGCCAGUGGAUGAACCGACUGGACCAUGCAGAUGGAAAAGCAAACAAUGGGAUCAGCCUGAUUUGCCAUCGUCUUUCUCACUCACAGACCAAAUCGAGCACAAGCUGGCCUUCUUGGCUUACUACAUCCCUGCACACUGCAGAGUCAUUCUGAUUGGCCAUUCGAUCGGGGCGUACAUUGCUCUGGAAAUGCUGAAGCGGUAUCACAACAAGGAUAAAAUCCUGAAAUGCGUCCUUCUAUUUCCAACAAUUGAGCAAGUGGAUUCUGCACCUAGUGGGAAAAUGUGGAAAUUUAUCUGCCACUAUCUACAUUGGCCUUUCCUUAUGGGAACAGUUUUGGUGUCUUUUUUACCCUCCUUUCUUCAAAGGUGGUCCAUUAACUGGUGGAUGUACUUGAACAAGGUUGAAAACAAAGAGUCUAUCAUGGAAGCGGCGCAAUCUAUGCUUAAUUAUCGUACAGUUGAUAACGUUUUGGAGAUUGGCCGCCAGCUCGUUACGAUACGUGAAUUAGACAAUGAUUGCAUACGCGCCAAUCUGGACAAACUAGUUUUUUUCUACGGGCUCGGCGAUCCCUGGGUUCCACAGAAUUAUUAUGAGGCUAUGAAAGAAAGGUUCCCGGAUGGUGACAUCAAACUGUCACGGGAUAAAGACAUCAGGCACGCUUUCGUGUUGGAUACGUCGGAAAAAGUGGCCAAAAUGGUGUGGGAAUGGAUUGAAGAAUAUCUAAGAGAUCUGGAAGAAGCUGAGAGUAUUUGUUGAAUAUGUUACUUACACCAUUGAUCCUGCGCAAAAUAAGUUUUCAAACGCGUGAACAGCCAACGAAAAAAGGGUUCUGGAGCGAAACAUUUGAGAACCCGCGUUGAUGCGAAGUAACGCCGCAUUUACUUGGUCAAAAACAAUCCGAGAGACUUCGGGUACUUUGGAGGAUUGCAAUGAUCAAGUUUAAAAAGCAACGCUGCAUGCAAUUAAAUUGCAAGUACGAGUUAGUUACUUGUACCCUGGCUUAAAAGAAAAAAAUCAAUUGCUGUAAGAAAUAGCGCACGAAACAUUGUGCACACUUCAAUAAUCUCUCUUUGUACCUAAUGUUACCAUUAUAAAAGUUUCUUAAGUCUUGGGCGGAGGAUGAAGGGAAAAUCUCGUUGAAAUCAAGGAUCAUAACAGUAUCUGGACUGUUUGAUAAGCACUCUAUACGUAAAUAUUUUAUUUAUCUCCAUGCUGGUAAUCUAACUUUAUUUUAAAAGCUUUUGUUCGAUUUUGAUAAAUGCAUGUCUAUUAUAUAAAACUAGCUUGAAAAGGCAGACGUAUUAUUGUCUUUUGAUAGUAUUUGUGUGCCAAGUAUAAUCAAAUGUACAUAAAAUAAACUUUAAUAUUCCA